UUACAGGCCGUCUCUACCGAAGAUAUGAAUAAGGAACUAGGAAAAAUCAAGGACGACCAACGACAAAAUGCUGUGACAGACACUUUGGCAGCACUCGUCUACGAUGUGAACGCAACCGCUGAAGUGCUGAGACGAGGUGGACAAGGAAAGGAUAGGGGUGGAAGAAAGAGCCAACAGAAAGAGGAAAUUGAAUAUCGUUUACGCCUCACACCAGCACCAGAGGAUGAACGUCCAUUCCCAGCUCCACGAAAGCGUGAUAAUAUUCCUGAUGAGAAGUUUACCGUAGACGAGGGCUCGCCACCGCCAAUGGCACCAGUGGUCUGCGCUUACUGUAACGAAGAAAUUGAUGGACCUAUUUUGACGGCUCUAGCGCCAAACUCAGAACGGGCGCAGAAGUUCCAUACCUACCAUUUUAUGUGCUGUUAUUGUCAAAAGGCACUGAACAUGCAUGGAACGUUCAGAGAGCACGAUAGAAAACCCUACUGUCAUGACUGCUUCUACAGGCUCUAUAACGGAUUACGGUAUGAGCCGGAUGAGCACCAAGCAACCAUCGAAAAACUCAUCUAA